AUGUCAACAGGAUUUGUAUCAAUCGACGUACUGAGCUGCGAAUGCUCCAGCCUUGCGCAGGUCCUCCUUCAUCAUGGGUUAUUCCCUACUUCACCUUCACAACCUCGUAUGGCAGUCUCAGUGGAUCUACUGUCGUUUUAUCGAGCACUCUUUGAGCGUUCUUGUGAUGCAAUCAACGCUCUGGCAUCCGCGCUCAAAACCCACUAUUCACGCCGAGGGUUUCAAGUCACUGACGCACGGGGUGAACUUGUGCAGGAACCCUUUCGUCGCGGUCUGGGCCAUGCCGUACAGUGGUACGAUGUCCUACAGGUCGAAAUCGAACGCCAAGUCGACAACAGUUCUCCAACAAAGUCGAGACCGUGUGGCCAACCUCCAACCACCCCAACCACCACCACCUCAAACGCUGUCCGGCAUGUUUUGGCGGCACACUAUUCGGCCGACCCAUUGAACAAGGUGGAGGACAUACAUGUCGCUACGGAUGGUAAUUUCCAUCAUCGUCACCGGCGUUCUGCGGGUGACUGUCCUCGUUUCUAUGAGCCAACUUACUUCCUUUCCAAGCAAUUUGUUGAUGCAGUCGGGCGCCGAAUCAAUGCACAACGUAAGCGACCAGCAAAGGCACACGCGCCCCUUGUCCCUGAUGAAGCUAUCGACCUAUGUGAGAAUGCAUACGAAGCUGCCGACGGGAAGAAACAAAAGGCCGCUAUGGACAGCUUUGACGACACAGGCAUAAUGGCGCUUAUUUGCCGUCAUGAUAUUCCUCUUUUUUUUGCUAACAUCGAUACCCCUGGCGAGCAACAGAACCCCGGUCGUGACUCUCUACGACGUCGGCUGUGUUCUUGCACGGUCCCUUUCAAGUUCGAGAUUCUCCCUCAGGAUGUGUUAUUGCGCCUGCGCUUCGCAACUACAGCCAUGCACGCGUAUGGCCAUGAAUGGGCCUGUCAACUGGUGCACAAUCCACGGAUGUGCAUUGGCAUGGGGUUAUCUGACGGCGAGGGGACUGAGCGGUUGUGGUCGCGAUUCAUUCGCCUGAUAGGUGUCGAAAGAUCAUCAUCGCGUCAGCGCCGUAUUUGGUUAAUUGACCGCCAAGCGACUGCGAUAGGAUCUGAGAUGAAAGAUGACCUCGGUGACUGGAUUAAACGCCGUUUGAAACGGGGCAUCAAGGACCAGGGUUCUGUGGCACUCGAUGCUAUCAACCGUUGUGAAACAUCUGUGGAGGACCUACAGGCUCAGUGGGCUGACCACGACAAUCACAACUCCUCAAUUCGCGCUCAUGCUCCUGCUCGCCUCCGAAAAGAACUUGACACUGUUCUGGCUCUACAAUCCGAUUUGGAUGCCUCUGAUCGAGCCUUGCAGGCUACAAGGACUACGCUAGAGAAAGACGCAGCAUCCGGUGAUACCCUCGAUGUCCUCGAGAGCCUACAGAGGGGCCAUGAUCGUCUCAUGGCCAAAGUCGAAGCACUGUAUUCUUCUCUAAAUGUACACGACAGAUUUCCCGAGCUCGAUGGA